CCUGCGUCGUCCUGACUUCGACGCCGAGAACCGCCGCUCGCUCGAUUGACGCAGGCGCGGCGGCGCCAGCCCGACGCUGAUUCCGUUGCAGGAGGCACCCCAUUCCGGCCGGCCGUUCUCUGCCGGCCGGCGGCGAUCACGCAGAGCUCCGGCGGCUCGGCCGGCGCCUGCCUACUCCCGGCCUCCCGCCGAAUUCGCUGUGCUUAACCGGCUUGUAUUUGCUCGUGCGCGCGCACGGGUUGAUCCUAAUUCCCAGCGACGUCAGAUACUUCGCCGUCAAGAAAUCAAUGAGCGGACAUGGAACCGAAGUGCCUCGUGCCCUCGUGUCGCCGUGUCCUCUUCAACGAAAGGUCGGAGUCCGUCUCGGUCCCGCCGUUAACCAAACGGCGAGAAGUACUCGGCGGCCUGAGCGCGUUCGUCCGUUACCGUUACGCCGCGGAGCUGCGCGGAGACGGCAAGAGACGGACGACCCGGCGGCGGCGGCGGGGAGUAAUGGAGUGGGGCGACGCGUGGAUGGCCCCCGACAAGCUGCAGCACGCCCUGGCCUGCCUCCUCAUCUCCCUGCUCGCCGCCGCGCUGGCCGGCCGCAGCACCCGCCCGGGGAUCCGGCGCCGCGCCGCGGCCGUCGGCUCCGUGGCCUCGCUCGCGGCCGGCGCCGCCAAGGAGGCCGCGGACGAGGCCGGGCUCUUCGGGUCCGCCGGCGCCUCGCCCAAGGACGCCGCCGCCGACCUCCUCGGCGUCGCGGCCGCCGCGCUCGUCCUCGCCCUGCUCCGCCGCCGGCGCCGCGAGAGGAAGGCGCGCGAGGACGGCGACGACGUCUCCAUGGUGUGACGGGCCGACGGCCGGCUCCGAUCUAUUUGGUUUCGUUUGUUGUGGACUACUAGUAGAUUCUACUGAUCUCUAACCUCCAAGGCAAGAUCGUUGUAACAAAGUUCAAUUCGAACAAUGGGAAAA